ACAAUUCUGUAAUAAAAAAGGAGGAUUUUUAUAUGAUUAUUAUUUGUCAACGUCCGUCAUAUUUUUCGAAAUCACAUUACAGACAGAAUUAAUUAAUUAUUUACAAUAAUUUUAUGACUUCACGACUUUAAAACAGUACAGUAAAGUAUAACAAAUUAUAUAUAUUCGAAAUGAAAAAGUUUUUGCAUGAAUAUAAAGCUUUUCGGAGUAACACUGAAAGUGGAACGUCAAAAGGGUAAACAAUCGUUGAAUUGAUUAUUUGUUUAUUUUAUGACUACCUACAGAUUAUUUCGAAAAGGAAUAGUUAGUAUUUUAGUGAGGGCGAGCGAGCAUAUUGUGCGUUUGGUGUUGGUGACCGCAACAGGCUACUGCUACUGCAUAGACUAGUGAGCACAAACUUUUUGAUGAUAAGGUAGCGAGGCCCGAACCGAACUGCGCGGCGCGGACGAAGUGGAUCAACAGAGCGCAACGAAAAGUAAUUUGUACAAAAAACUCGAAUUCAGCUCAUUGCGAAUGGCGUGCUGUUCGUGAUGUUUUGUCUGACCGCACAAUAUAUCGGUGGUCAUUGUUGCUAGUCGUUUUUUGUAACGAUCGGACUUGUGCGCCGGUAAUGUCCGCGUGCUCGCCUAUGUCGCUUUCAGUUUUAAUUUGUUUUCAAGUAGUAGCUUGUUGAUUGUAGACAGUUUGUAUACGAAGUGUAAAAAUUGAGAAAAAGUGGAUUCAUUGCAGGAUAUGGGCGUUUUCAAGUGGUUGCGCCGGGAACGCGUAACAGUGACAACUCGUCGUGUUAGUCCGGAGCCACCGACUCCAGAGGAACAAUGCGUAAAGAACUCGCCGCAGAUAGACCACAACCAAAUAGGCACCAUACGGACUGAAGAGUACAAAAGAGACCUCGCGGAGUUUCAAGCAAGACGAUCAACGGGGAGCAAAGAAUUGCAAAUAACUCCAGUGAAGAAAAAAUGCGGAAGACAUUCUCUACCGGUGUCCUGCACUGACUGUGCUGCAGACCACGAUAACACCUUUAAUUAUGAAAAGAAAUCGGCCGUGAAAUAUAAGAAGAAAUCUCAACGGCGCGCUAGGAGCACUAUGUCCGAUGAAAAAAUGUAUGACAGCGGUUACACACCCAACAUACAGUUUUUGUUUCAAAAUCAGGUGUUCAUGCCUGGAAAUAUGUUGGCAACGUCUACCUACUCCGAGCCUUCGCGAUGUAAACGGCAAAAUCGGCACAGAUAUUAUAAAAGGCAAUCGGAUUCCGAUUUCCUAACCCAAAGGCAUAUAGACUUCAAAGACGAUGAUCAAACAGCUUCUCCCGAGUUUAUGAAAAAGAAUUCUUUACCUUUUGACGUGAAGAAUUUCUUGGAAGGGCAGAGGAGUGAAGAGGAAGUGGACGGCGCUAAACACAUUAGCGACGUCAAAGUAUCUAGUCAGAAUUCCUCUAAUGGCUUCGGCAAAAACGAUAGUGGUGAAGAAAAAUUAUGGGAGGUGAUGAGCGAAUUGAAAAACUUCGACCAAUGGGCUGACGAACAGCUGCUUCAAACACGGUCACCGACAUCCAAGUCAGAAGACACUAAAAGUGACACAAGCGCGCAUGGCUUACCGAUAGCGAGUGCGAGCAACAUCGAAGUGACCGCGGACAGAAGCAAAGUGUGGAGCCAUGGCAGGUGGGGCGUGGUGCCCGUGCAGAUCAAGCGGCUGCCCGGACUCACCAUGGACCACGUCAGGAAGAAGCGGAGCACGGAGAUAAACAUACUCAGGAAAUGUCGCCAUCCCAACAUAAUAAUUUUGAUGGGGCUUUACCCUGACCUUCACGACGGCGUAAACAUCGUUUGCGAGAGGUGCACCGACUCUUUGUACGGAAUUCUCCAUGUUAAGGGUCGAAUUCUAACCGUGCAAGCGUCCGUCCAAUACGCAUUGGACAUCACCAAUGCGCUUGUAUUCCUGCACAUGCAAGGUUACAUACACACUGGUCUAAGCAGUGAAGGGAUUAUGAUAACGAGUCGUGAUGCUGCGAAAUUGGCCGAUCUGUCUACGUGCCAACGCCUGCCUCGACAUACUGCGCGGCCAGAUAAGGGAUAUGAGAUUUACUCACCAGAGCCGCAGUAUGUCAAUAUUGAAGAUGCACACCAAUCGAACACGAUAGAAAACGAGCCGUUACUCUCGAACCGAUCGUCCGAAGCGUACUUGCAAGCCAACGCGGUCUCCAUAGACUACGAGCCGGUGAGCAAGUCGCCGCAUUACCGAUGGCAGGCGCCGGAAAUGUUCCAACCCGACGAAGAGGGAUUCGUUCACGCGUGCCCCAAGUCCGACGUGUAUUCCCUGGCCGUGAUCCUGUGGGAGUGCUGCAAUGCGUCGGUGCCAUGGAAACCGCUGUCCUACGAGAAGUUGAAGGAGUGCUAUGUGCUUUGGCAGACGGGCUUGCGUCUGCCCGCAGAUGGCACCUACCCAGGGGGAUUGCUUUCCCUACUGCAGAACGCACUUCAGCUUAAUCGUGACCAGAGAAUGAACCUCGCAGGCUUACACCAGACGAUGCACGCGCUAAAGCGCAACAUUGACCAGAUGGAAUACAUCGUCAUACCGGCGAGGCUUUCAAAAAAGAAGUCUGACUUUAGUUCUCCGUGGAACAGCACCUCCCCUACAACCUCUGAAUGCCUUAGUCCACCUCAAGAGUCGCAACACCAAGCCGUCGUGCACAACGAAGCCAGCUCCGCAGAAAGCGAGAAAGAUUGCAGCAAAAGUGACGCCAGCCCUCUUUACGAAGUUAUAAACAAGUCCCCACCGGACGCAACCUACGCCAUUCCCGAUAAAUCCUUCCUUACCGAUGAAGACACCGUCGACAGAAGACCUUUAUUGAAAUACAGUCAUCUCCCCGAAAAAGAUUUCUCAAGCGCCUGCUCCACCCCAAUAGCAAAAAUCAAAGCGCGAAUCAAAGACAUCGGCACCCCAAACGCCUUACACAGAAGUGAUUCCACUGAAUAUUGCAGCAUUCUAAGUCCUAAUCGCACGAACCAUUUUACGUUCAAUGAUGACUCUGCCAAAGAUCAAAAUAUUUCUGAGCGACCUGCAGCUAAAUUGAGUAGAAGUUUCACCCCGAAGUCCUAUAAACCUCUUCACAUAAAAGUGCCUGAGUGUAAUUUGGACUCUAUUAAAUCCAUAUUGAAGGAACAGAAUGAGUCUGUGCGAUCAUCGUACAAUUUUGAUAUAAAAAACUACAGCUUGCCAACGACACCUAUCGCUCGAAGUAACAAACUGAGGAAAAAUGCUUGGCUAUCUGGUGAUCUGAGUUUAACGAAACGAAGCACGGAGGUUUUGCAAGAUUUAAAGACUAGCAAUGAGAACGAUAGUGAGAUUGCAUCAACAACAACACCAAAUACUCCCGAGACCUCAACAAAUGCGUGUUUGGAGAAGAAUUCUUAUGCACAUGGUGAUAAUAUUUGCUACCAAAGUGGAGAAAAGGAAACCUCUCCAGACACCAUUGGCACAAAUGAAAGUUAUGCUGCACUUGGAAGAGUUAACCAGCAAAGUUUCUCAUCGCCCGACGCGGACGCACCGCUGCGCGAAAGGAGCAACUCUUGGUCGUACAAAACUUCAGCGGAACGAUACGAUACUAAUAACAAGUAUAAAGUGGAAGAUGACAUCUUAGCCGGGGUGAAUGUUAAACCUCUAGUAGCCAUACACGAGCGGUGGAUAUACGAAGCCAAUAGGAAGACGGGACGGUCUAUGUCCUUGCCGGAGGGGAACAAAUGCGGUCCAGCUGUGAAACCUGCGUUACUACGCGCUCCGAGACCUAACCACGUCGGAGGGCAGUGGGAGCAGUUCUGCAAGGCGCGAGACGCUGUCGCGAACGGGGUCUACUUCGACCGCGACCGCGAUUAUCUGCCCAGGCGUACGAAACAAGAAUACGGAGGGGCCGAAACUGAUUCGAUGACGCCCACAGUCCCAUCGAAAGUAGACCAGGCGACAGAAACAAAAAGCAUAGAGGAGUUCAUAAGGGAACUCAUACGGAAAGAGUUUACGCAUCUGCUGCACGAGCUGUCUGAUGACUCCAGCGUCCAUCGGAGCGAGGAAAUCUUGAACAAGGGUGUCGCCAACAUUGUCGACAAUCUGAGAAGCGAGGACGAAGAGGACCCCAACAAGAGAGAGAUCAGGUCCUUCUCUCGCGUGAAGAUCAAUGGGAACAACAAACCUCUUCUGCAGAUCACGUUCAGCCGGUCUGGGGAAAAUAGCUUGCAGGUAUUGGACGGUUGCGUUAGCGUAACAGUGUCGGGUCGCGCCGCUUCUGAAACCGCUCCCGCUCCCGCUUCAGCUCCGCAGACCGCGGCCGCUACUUCAGAAGACACCAAUACGAACUCGCUAAAACGAUGCCAGGCUUUCAGCGCUUUACAGGAAGCUAGAAGCACAGAAGAUUUGUACAUAGACGACGAUCUAUCGACCCAGAUGCAAGAGAACUUCGGUGGACGAGUGAAGCUUAUACCAUUGCACGGAUCGCUCCACGAAAUCCUUUGCGAAAAGGAGGACGAAUGUUGCCUCAUUAAAGUGAAGCAGGAGAACGGCUGCGACACGAUUUACUUCCGCUGCGAUUCCUCCGAUACUGAAUCCCGCGAUGCCAUUGAUGGAAGCCGAGACCCUCAGGACACUGUCGUCUACAAAAGAAGCAUUUCUCUAGUAGAAGAGAGGAUACAACGCGUAUUCCCCAAAGACAAGAGACCCCAGACUCCAGUCACGGCUAGAACGGCCAAACCGAAGGAGAAUCUGAAAGUGCGACCCAAGUCUGAAGUGUUCGUUCAGAAUAUAACGAAAGAGACCCGCCUGUUGAGCAACAGCAGUCCCUCGCUUUCGAUGAAAGAGGACAGGAACGAUGAAGUGGAAGUUAACAUCGAGAAUGUGAUGUGCUACCAAGAUUCGUCUUCAGAGGAGUGCAUCAAGUGCCAAACGGACAAUGACGACUUUGAGCUUCUGGAGAAGAAGAUUGAAGAAGAUCUCGCCAACAGCACGUUGUCUUCCAUAACGUGCGGCUGCCUCGAAAAGAUAUCCGAAGAGAACUUAUCGAUUAUUAAUGAGGAAAUGACCGACAAGGAGUGAUCGCUUUUCUGUACUGCCAGAAUAAAAAUUCCAUGACACAUGUAGCACGGUUGAAAUUAUUAAGACAAGGUCUGGCAACCCUGUUACGUGCGAGAUUCAUAGACAAUGUUUUGUUUUAUCAACAGGAUUGAUAGUAUGACAAAUCGAAUAAUAAUCACCUACAAUUUGUGACGCGCUGGUUGAUUCCGUCCAAACUGUACUUAUCGUUGACUGAAAACAAUGUCUUUUUUAAGUGAUAUAAUUAUGAUAAUAUGAAACUAACAAUCUGAUCAUGAUGACCUAAUUUACAACUUUAAGUACAAUGCAUAAUACUUAUUAACAGUACACAUAAUAUUUUUUCGAUUCGGGCAUUAGUGGAAGUAAAUAUUAGAACAUAGUUUAUUUAUUUUUAUUUAAUAUCAGUAAAUUUACUAAUUAAUGCUUCAAAUACUUAAUUGCAUGAUUCAACUAGAAAAGUACAAAGUUAUUGACUAUCAUAUACGUUGCAAAUGCUAUUUAUGACCUUUAACAAACAACGCCCUACUGUAUCUUUAGUUAACAUUAU